UAUACAUGUACAAAUAUAUAUUUGCAGGGCAGUAGGUAAUUGUAAGGGAAUCAGAAUCAGAAGGUAUUUAUUGGCAAGUAGGUUUACAAUACGCUCUGGUUAUUGGUGCAUACAAUGAACAUAAAAACACAAUAAAUACAACACACAUAAGAAAAACACUAAAAAACUAUAUAUAAAAUAAAAAAUAUAUCAAAAGUAAAGUAAAAAGUGAAAUGCAAACAGUGUUGAAUUGCAAUAUUAUAAUAUAUAAUAUGAGAGGGAUUCUGACUUUGCUCUUUAAAACAAAAUGAUCACAAAAAAACAUCCAACUGAACAACCUGCCAAUCCCACCAUCCCGUCUCUGCCUUUACGAGAGAACGUGUUGUAUUCAAAUUACUUUAUAAAUCACCAUGGAGGCAAUUCAUUUAGAACAGCUUGUACAAAAAAAAAACACAGAUUAAAGGUACGAUAUAAGGGAGCAAUAUGAGGAAUGAGACUCUAUAUAUAUAUAUAUAUAUAUAUAAAUUAUAAAGUAAAUAACAAUACAAAAGGUUUAAAAGGUAGUGCUAACAAAUUCACAGGAUCUGCAGUUUAUUUUUAGAAUUGGGAAAUGCCUGGAGGACAGUGUCUUUGCCUCGCUCUCCCUCUCUCUCUCUCCCACAGGAACACAUCUGUGACACUCAGAUUGACCAUCGAAAAGAAAUCCUACCCUCGUUGGUGGCUGUGAAUAUUUUGCGUUUCAGCAUAAACGCAGUAGAAAACGCCUGUAUUCUUGUUUCAUGUUCAUCCAAAGCGUUAUGGUUUUUGCUUGCAUAACCACACAGGGUUGAAAACCAUUUGUUGCUGUUUGUAAUGAAGCAUCACCCUCCCUGUGUUGUGUGCACGGGUGUCCUCUUGUCCCCCUGUGUGCUUUCAACUUUCCCUGUCUCUGCUGUGAAGUACGUCGGCUCGUUUCCUGUGGAUGACCGCUGCUUGGACGACCAGAUAGAGCAGCUGCACGCUCAGCUGAAAGUCCUGAAAACGUGCAGGAGGAGACGACCUGUGUCCCUGAAGUUCUCCAUCAAAGGUGUGAAAAUGUACAACGAGGAUGAGACGACCCUCCUCAUGGCUCACGCCCUGCGCAGAGUCUCUCUCUCCACCGCCCAACCCACCGAUGCCCAGUUCGCCUUCGUCUCUCACAACCCAGGCAGCACUGACGCCCAGCUGUACUGCCACGUCUUUCAGGCUCGGCACGCCAGAGCGGCCCAGUUCCUGAACCUGCUGCUGUGCCGCUGUUUCCAGCUGUCGUACCUGGAGAAGCAUCCCGACGAGGCUCAGACGGACUCCGAGGGUUCGCUGCCUCGUCGGAACCCGUCACUGCUCAACCACGGCUUCCCUCUCAGUGUCAGCGCCCUGGUGUCCUUCAGGAGAGCCCCCUUCCAAGGGCUGCUGCCGGGCAUCAAGACAAGCAGCAAGUCCUUGGAUCACUCACCAAGCAGCCCAGACGACGUGUUCCCCACCUCCUCCCCCUCGCUGGUUCGGAAGAAGGCCAUGCGCACCAAGGCUCUGUGCGGGGCGUACCGCUCCUUCACGUUCACGCCCCUCAAGCAGCGCCUCGUUCAGGAGCGCAUGAGCGCAUCACAAGAAAAGGCGGAAGACAGGACACCAGCCAGAAGGUCCCGAGCUCCGAGUCUCGCAGAAACGGAGGAAGCACUGGCUCAGGCGGUGUGGUGCUGGGCUGGUAUCGCCACUGACAGCAGCUACUCUCUGCUGGCCGACGAUGUUCUGGGCUCGUACCUCCUGUGCCCUCAUCCCAAAAAACCCAAAUGCGGCUCUCUCAUCAUUCGCUUCCCCUCCGGCCUGAUCACCCACCUCAUAAAGAACUCUCGAACGGGGAAGUUCCUGCUGGAGAAAUGCAGGACUGAGUUCAGCUCCAUCGCAGAACUGAUUGAAUUCUACACUGAGACCCGGGAGGAGCUGCCGAGCCUCCUGAGCUGUGCCCGAGUGAACCACUGCUACGAGUGGGAGGAGAACACCGGCAAGCAGCCGCCUGUCAAGUUACCCAAGGUCUUCAGCAUAGCCAAUCUUAAAAGUUCCUCCAGAAAAUGGUUCUAAACUCUGUGGCCUGCCAAACUGUGAAGAUCCAACCUAAGUGACACCUUUCUUUCUCUUUUGCACAAACUGUAAAUCGUCUCUUACUUAAAAUGCAUUUAUUAACAUUGUUGGCACUUAAUGUAUAUAGGGUACACGCCAUUUCAUGGGAGGGUACUGCUUUAUCAAAAAUGUAAGCAUACAUUUAAUGCUAACUAAUUCUCUGUCUUUCAGUAUAUAAGUGUUUUUACAUGUGCCUGCAGGGCGUCAGAGGUUAUCUGUGUUUUUAAUGGUGUGAUAUUGAGAACUCAGAUUUUUGCACCUGAAGCCAUUUUUUUUAAUCUUUUUUUCUUGCGUUUUUAAGACAAAUGUAUUUUAUCGUUGCAUUGAACUUUAAUCUUGCUUACAUGCUAUUUUUUUCUCAGUUUAGACAUUAGAUCUGGAGAAUAUUGCAAGUGGUUCUAUACAAGGAAUGUCCUGGUUUAAGAAAACGUUACAGGGGCAUCAGUCAUUUUCUAAAUCAGUGGCGUAUAUUAGAGCACUUAUAUCGUGGCCAUUAUAUUUAAAUGUAUUCAAAGUUUUCUGUGUUUUUAAUAUUCGUCAGUCUAAUACGUUGUUAUGUCUGUUUUACUGGUAAUUUUAAGUGGUAAACUGGUAUCAUGUAUCCUGAUGUCAGAUCAUUGGUUUUUCAGCAGAGCAUAAACCAAGAUGUCAUGCCAUAAGAUUAAGAUUGCAUUGGGAUGUUGGUUAUCAUAAAAUAAUCUGAUAUUAUCUUUCCUGUGUAAGGAGCCAUACUACCGUGAAGGUUCUAUAUUUAUUGUAAAUCAAAUGUAUCUUCUUUUCCACUUUACACAGACAAUCCUUUGUUGAGAUUAAAUUACACAAUUUCCUUA